AUGCCCCACCCGGCGAUACUCUCCGAGCAUACCAUAGCAAGGGGCGUGCACGCGUCAUGUCUGCCCGUGUCGAUUCCGCAUCAGCUCCCCGCCCUCGAGGUUUUCGGCCAGGCACCUGUGCCGCACCGCGUUUCUACGUCUUGCACGCUCUUGCGAGUACACCGGCGCUCGGCAUAUGAACCGGCUCGUGCGCAGGAUCGAUGUGCCAACACCGCCGCGGCGGUAGUCGUUGCAGAGUGGGGCUCGUGCCCAGAGCUCGCAGUGCCACCUGCAGGCGGCGAUGAGGCUUCUUUAUUUCGUUACCGCUGCAGCGGAGGCCCAGGUGCCAGCUCCGCAGCACCACCAUCGAACGUUACGUGCUCUACUCAGUGGGUGGUCCUGAGAGUGCGCUGUGUAUCGCACACAGGUAGCGCAGCUGAAUUCGAGAGCUACCGAAGCGGUGGUGGUGCCUGUCAAGAGUGGAUGGAGUGGCGUCUUCGACUGGGCACCGUCUUGUACGCCUCCGACUGGCAGUUUCUCGUCUCUCAGCAAGAGCGAGAAGAAGCAACGACCGGCAGCUCCUUCGAUCUCGGCGUCACUGGUGCGAAGAGAGAGCAAACUGUCAGAGCAGACAUGGAUGCGCUCAGCACGUUCUUUCCCGCGCUGCACCACGGUCGCUACUACUCUACAGCGCAGGCCUUUGUGCACCACUGUCGGCACAGCGACGAACACCUCGUCUGGUGUGAAAAAGAUCCCCUUUUAUCGGUGGAGUGGGCGAGUGUGAAAGAGGCGCAGUUAGAAGUGCCGACACACCAUGACGCGGACUCGCCCACGGCCAAGAGGUGCGGCAACGCUGGAGUAGAAUGCACCUCGGUUGUGGGGCCGGAGAACGUGGAUAUGUGGCGGUCGCACGUGGGCAGAAGCCGCAAGCGCCGGCGUCGCUGGCUGUCACAGCGCGGACGCGAAUGCCCUAGUGUACGGGCUCGCCACGACGCAGUUUCGGCAUUUACGCAUCAUCGAUCCACUCGAGCGACCGCUCUUUCUUGUUCCGUUGGCACAACCGCCGCCACCAGUGCCACGGCGCUGGACUCGAUCUAUUGUGCGUACCUUCUUGGGCUGAAGCAUCAUCGCGACUGCCCCUCGGCAAGCGGCGAAGGGUCAGUGUCCACGACUGCCGCAGCCCCAGCAGGCGUUCAGAAUCAGUGCAGCGAAUCUCCAAAUGUGCCGCAGCCGUCGCUGUACACCUCGAGUGAGGACGUUGAAGAAGUGCUGCAGUCGUCGACUUACGCGCGCUGGUACCUUGCCCUGCGUCCGGCGUGCCGAUCCGCCCUUUACGUACCACGCAGCGGUCGAGCGGCGGCGGCGGCGGCGGUGACAGUGGAGGCGAGAGGUGCGGAAAAGGCUGCCUCCGAUGAAGUACGCCGCAGGGCUCUACAGGAGGUAUUGCUGCACGGCAUCGCCGUCUCUCUGGCACUUUGGUUUUGCACGCGCAGCAGCAGCACCUGUGACUCUGUCGAGGUGUGUGCGCUGCAGCAACGCGAGCCUUCCCCAACCCCCUUCACGACAUCCACAGGAGACGCCACCGUACUCGUCGCAGCGCUAUUGAGGGAUUGGUGGAGUCAGCUCAGCCAGGAGGCGACUGAGUUCUCUGCGUCUGCGACAACCGCACGAGCUGGCCCGCAGCGACGAUGGAACCGUUGCUGUAUCGCCCACCAGGUGUGGGCGAGUCUUCAGAUGUGGGACUGUGCUAGCAGCCUGCGUCCUGCUGCAACCAUGGUGCCUCCACCAGCGCCGGUGGCGCAUCUCUGUGUGGCCUGCGCGAUCGUCGUGACACGCGUUUACCGCAGCCAAGAGCAGAUGCUGUGGUGGAGUGUGUGUGCAGCGACGGCGAAACCAAGUCAAGCAUGUGCUGACAAGGCGGCCGACUGUGAUGCAUCGGCUGGAGCGCGGUCAACGCGAAGCGACACUAACGGUGGUGCUGCUGACGGCAGUGGCCGAGCGCCCAGCAUGGAUGAAGUCGCGUCAAACAUGUGGUGCACCUCCGCGUCGUGUCGACUUCCUCGCAUGUCAGUCAAAGAGAGCCGCCGCUGGUACGACGAUUACCGCGCAUGCAUGGACCUGGUCCUGCAGCUUCUGUUAGCCGAGCAGCAACAGCACUGA